CGCGCGCUGGUGGGCGAGGACGUGGGAGGCGCCCGCGCCGCGGAAAGCGAGGAUCCGUCCACGCGCGCGCAGUGCCUGCGCGGCAUCGAGUCCGCGCUGGCUGCCCUCGGCGCGGAGGACGUCGACGAGCCCGCAGCAGCAGCCAUUAUGCGGGCGGCGGAGGACGCUAGGGCGCGCGAGGAGGAAAUGCACGAGCGGCUGAACGAGGCUGCCGCACGCGAGGAGGAAAUGCGCGAGCGGCUGGACGAGGCUGCCGCACGCGAGGAGGAAAUGCACGAGCGGCUGGACGAGGCUGCCGCACGCGAGGAGGAACUGCGCGAGCGGCUGGACGAGGCUGCCGCACGCGAGGAGGAAAUGCACGAGCGGCUGGACGAGGCUGCCGCACGCGAGGAGGAACUGCGCGAGCGGACUGGACGAGGCUGC